AUGGGAGCGUCUCACCUGAGCCUGUGCUCCUCUGGCCUCAGUCCUCAGCUCCUCCAGUCUCUCACACAUCUGGAUCUCAGUCACAACGACCUCCAGGACUCAGGAGUGGAGCUGCUGUGUUCUGGACUGAAGAGCGCCCCCUGCAGACUGGAGACGCUCAGGCUGUCUGGAUGUCUGGUCUCAGAGAGGGGCGGGGCUGCUCUGGCCUCAGCUCUGAGCUCCGCCCCCUCCCACCUCAGAGAGUUCGACCUGAGCUACAACCAUCCAGGACCCUCCGCCGAGCUCCUGACCGCUCUACAGGACCAGCGCCCCCUGCUGUCUGUCAGGUUGGAUCCUGCUGGAGAGCGCUGGAUGGUUCCAGGUCUGAGGAAGUACUCCUGUGACGUUUCUCUGGACCCAAACUCAGCUCACAGACGUCUGCUUCUGUCUGAGGAAGAUCGGACUGUGACUCGAGUGGAGGAGGAGCAGGAGUAUCCAGAUCAUGACGACAGGUUCACGGACCACCCUCAGGUCCUGAGCAGCACUGGCCUGAGGGGGCGCUGUUACUGGGAGGUGGACUGGAGCGGGAGGGUUCACAUCGCAGUGAGUUACAGAGGGAUCGGACGGAGAGGACGGGGACGGGCGAAUGCGUUUGGAUUCAACGAUCACUCCUGGAGUCUGGGGAUCUCUGACGGCGGAGUUUGCUAUGUCGUUCACAACAGCGACACAACGCAACUCAACCGCUCCUGUCACUCAGAGAAAGGGGGCGUGUCCUCUGGUAAAGGGGGCGUGUUCUUUGGCAGAGUGGGCGUGUUCCUGGACUCUGAGGCUGGAGCUCUGUCCUUCUAUGACGCCUCCUCUGAUGAAGAACUGUCCCACCUCUGGACCUUCUCCUCGUCCUUCUCUGAGCCUCUGUUUUUAGGGUUUGGACUGUGGGAUAAAGAAGUUUCCUCUGCGACUCUGGUGAAAGAGACGAGUCCGUGAACU